AUGGCGGACAACAGCUGGAAUGUCCCUGCCUCGAGCGACCAACCGGGCGAUGCCAAUGUCGCUCAAGACGCUGGUGUCUUUGGCACCACUCAGCUCAAGGAGACUUUGCCUACCAACGGUAGCAAGAAGACCGAGACCCCUGCCGGUUGGGUUCAGCCCACUGCCUACGACUACACCGCGUAUGGCAGAGACUCGGGCCACGAGUGGGACAGCAACGCCCGCGUCUAUGAGUGGGAUGGCGAAGAUGGCGACAUCGGUCCCGAGGUUCCAGCUCUAGAGGUUGAGCUGUUCGGUGAGCCGGGCAAGCGCAACAAUCGUGGCAUCGACUUCAGCACGAUUGCCCAGAUCGAGCUGAUCCAGGAAGGCCCGGUCCGAAUCGAACCCAUCAAGACUUUUGAGGAUGCUGGUCUACACCCGGCCAUGCUCAAGAAUGUCCAGCUGGCAGGUUAUGAAACGCCGACUCCUAUUCAGCGAUACUGCCUCCCAGCCAUUCAUCUUGGCUAUGAUGUGAUUGGAAUUGCGCAGACCGGUUCCGGCAAGACAGCUGCCUAUCUGGUUCCCAUCCUCAAUAAACUAAUGGGCAAGGCCAAAAAGCUUGCGGCUCCUCGUCCCAACCCCGCCACCUUUCAGGAAGGCGUUGAUCAGCGUGUUCGGGCCGAGCCUCUCGUGGUCAUUGUCUGCCCCACGCGUGAGCUCGCGGUGCAGAUAUUCAACGAAGCGCGAAAGUUCUGCUACCGCACCAUGCUACGUCCCUGUGUCGUCUACGGCGGCGCUGCCGUUCGGGACCAGGAAGGCCAGCUCCAGAAGGGUUGUGACGUGCUGAUUGCCACCCCUGGUCGUCUUGUUCACUUUAUGAAUAAGCCUGACGUUUUGACACUCCGCCGCGUGCGGUAUAUGGUCAUCGACGAGGCCGACGAGAUGCUCACGGACGAUUGGAAAGAUGAACUGACCACCAUUAUGUCUGGCGGCGAGCAGGAAGAAGACAACAUCAACUACAUGCUCUUCUCUGCCACCUUCCCCAGAGCCGCUCGGGAGCUCGCCACGGCUCAUCUGGCAGAGACUCAUGUUCGCUUCCGCGUCGGUCGUGCUGGCAGCACUCACGCCAACAUCAAGCAGUCCAUCAUCUAUGUUGAUCCGUCUCUCAAGAAACAGGCGUUGAUCGACUUAAUCACGUCUCUGCCGCCCACGCGCACCAUUGUUUUUGUCAACUCGAAGCGUACGGCUGAAGAGGUUGAUGAUUUUCUCUACAAGGAGCAGAUGCCGUGCACCUCGAUGCACAGCGACCGCAACCAGCGCGAGCGUGAAGCUUCCAUGCGUGGCUUCAGAAGCGGCCAAUGGCCCAUUUUGAUCACCACUGGUGUCACAGCUCGAGGCAUUGAUGUGCGCAAUGUCAUGCACGUCAUCAACUACGAUCUUCCUUCGAUGGAUCAUGGCGGUAUUGAGGAGUACACUCAUCGCAUUGGUCGGACUGGCCGCAUUGGUCACCGCGGUCUGGCGUCGUCUUUCUAUUCUGAUCGCGAUGAGCCGAUUGCACCGCUGCUUACGCGCACCCUUAUGGAGACGAACCAGGAGAUUCCAGAGUUUCUGCAGCCGUAUGUGCCCGAGGGCGUGACAGCAGAUAAUCUCGGAUUCGAAGCAGAUUCGGACUCUGGGGAGGCCGUGGGUGGUGGCGACGACGAUACUGGCAACACUGCUGGUGAUGAUGCUGGCACCGACGUUGGUGGUUGGGGUGCCGGCACCGCCCCUGUCCCCUAGUAAGGCAAAAGCUCCAGCUCACCUGAGCCACCGUCAUGCGAUGGACAGCAAUGAGAUGGCGGCUGAGGAUCUUUUUGCGCGGAUUUACCAUGCAGAGUUGAAUGAGGAGAUUCAGGAGUUUUGAAGAUUUGAGGUCCUCGUGACCGGGGCGAAAUUAGUGGGAGAAUGAGGUUUCGCAGCGUAGUCGCAAUAUAAGCCCGUCGCCCAUCUG